AUUGCUACAAAUAUCACACACACAUUACAUAAUUAUUGUUAUAAGGAGCUUUAAAAUAAAAAAUAAAAAAAUCUUAUUCUUCAUCCUGGGUCUUUAUUAGUGGUGUGUUUUAACAUAAAAUGAUUUUGAGUGAGAAUCCUGUGUUCCAUGUGAUAAUCAGAGUCUAAAUCAAACAUAAACGAUGAUGGCUUUAGAAGCAGCUCUCCUCGCUCCGACUGUCCCGGGUUGUCCCGGGUUAUCGCGGGUUAGAUUGGAUUAUACUUUUGUUACAUAAGAGAGCUCGCCAGGAUUGGCGGCCUGAGCUGCGCAUGCGCACAGCGUCGCACCUACCGUAACAAUAAAGCAUAAGCGUGUUUACGGAAUUUGAAAACAUCAGAAAGAGUCGAACAGAGACGGACGAGCUUCGUGUGCAGAGCUGAGGGAUGAAGUUCCCCGUGGAUCUGCUGGCUGAUGUCAGCCAUGCAGAGCUGGAACAGUCGGCCCAGAACUACAUGAACAACCUCCUCUACAGCAACCCCGAUGCACCUGAACGCCUCACCCUGUCCAACUCCACACAGGUCAGCAUCGACAUUUCCAGCGUUGGUUUUGUUCCUCUCUAUGGAACCAGUGACAAACAGAAAAUCCUGGCCCUCUUCUCCCCCUCCGACCCCAUGACCGCCGUCGCUCUGUUCCUGCUGGACCGAUGGUGGACGGUGGACGACCUCCUGAAGACGGUGGACACUGCUCGAGACGGAGCGAUGGAGGUUCAGACGCUAGGAGAGAGGAUUGUUUUAUACAUCCUGAACCGAGUCGUUUACAGAGCCAAAGAGAUGAGCUCUGAUGAGCUCCCCUUCCUCUGCCAUGGAGAGAAAGAUCACGCCAAAAUCAUGUGGAGCAAUGGUGAGGCUGUGGGCUUCUACUCCGUCAAACCCACAGGCACUUUGUGUAACUCUUUCUCUACCAGGAGCUACCUACUUCCUGUGAUGGACUCCAUAUUUGUCAGAAAGAGCCAGCGUGGGAACGGCUUUGGCCUGCAGAUGCUGGAGGACUUUGUGCUGAGUUUUAAAGAGGACAGCCUGGGGCUGAGGUACCCCCUCACAAAGUCCAUGUACAAAGUGUGUGAGAAGUAUUUUCGUCAGUGUCCGGAAGACAUAGACCUGCUGUGGGAGGUCGAGAGCAUCGGAGGACCCAACCAGAGGACCAAAAUCUUCAGCAGGAUCCAGACCAUGGACCUAAGUGCCGUGUCGAAGAAUCUGUCGUUCACGGAGGAAUCGAUCGUGAUCACUGAAGUGACUGGGAAAGACGUUGUGAUGGAGGAAAUAACCGAACAGAUAAAAGAAACGGAAUCUGUGGAGUGUACGGUUGAAAUCGUGGAGGAGGUGACCGUACUGAGAGCUACCAAAGUUUUAGAUGACGAGGUGCCAGUGGUGGCCCGGGGUCGCAGCAGUGGAUCCAAACAAAGAAAGAUAGCAGAGAGGAUCACAGAGGAAAAAGCAGAGAAAGUUAUCAGGAUUGAAGAUAUUGAAGCAGAAACUCCCAGAGAAGAUCUGAUCUCUGCACAACAGGUGACAGAAGUGCAAAACAUCUCCGACUUGGUGCAAACAGAGGGUGUUAUGAGUUUGACUCCCGAAGUAAACGGAGAGGAUGCAGGUGAUACAUCGCCUGAAGAGGAAGAGUUACUUCUGAUUCAAAACAAACCAACUGCACAAGACAUAGAAGAUGUGACAACCGAGGAGUCACUAAAAGAAGACGAUGGCGCCCAGGAUCUGAACACAUCUCAUGACUCGCAGGUGGUCGUCGAGAAUGUUGCAUCAGAAAUAGAGGAAGUAGAGAGUCAGGAGGAGACUGCAGUGCCUGUUGUGUCUGAAGAGGAACAUAAAGGAGCAGGAACUCAAAUAGUGGAGGGCGCUGAACAGCCAGAAGAAACAGGAAAGCAGCAUGAGGAGGACAGUAAAGCUGCAGAAGUACAAAAAGCUGUAGUAAAGGCCUUGAAAACAGUAAAAAGUGAAACCCCCAGGCGGAGAUCACAGAGGCAAAGACAAGCAGAGGAUGAAGGAAGAGUUCUGAGAGGAAGAACGGUUGUAAGCACCCUGAUACCUAAAUUGACACGUCAGAGUCAGAGGGUCCACAGAGAAAUAAAGACGAGGGUCGAGGAAGUUUCUGCGACUGAAGGAGUCGAAGAAUCUGCUGUAUCUGAAGAAACAACCUCCUUGGGAGAGGAUGCUGUGGAGGAAAAAGACAAACAGACGGAUGAAGAGAAGACGGAGGAACAACAGGUGCCAGCGUUGGAGGUUACAGAAGCCACAAAGGAUGAAAACGUCUCUGAUGAGGAGGAAGAGGAACCUCCUGUUGUGCAGAAAAAGCCUGAAAGAGGCAGACGUAAACUCACAGCUAAACCUACGCCUAAAAGACAAAGCAGAAGACUUCAGAAACAAGAUGAAGCACAGGCAGACGAACCUGAGACUGAAGGCAGUGAAAAGGCAACAGCGGUACCUGUCAGGGAGCAAGAGGCCACUGAAUACCAAACAGAAGAAAAAAUAUCAGCUGAAGAGGGAGAUGUUUCACCUCAAAAAGCAGAGGAAGCCGCUUCCACUCAGGGAGAGGAGAAGACUAAAGGAGCAUCUGUGAUGGAAACAGACAAAGAAGAGUCUGAAAUUGUCGCCUCUGCCUCAGAACCUGAUGUUUCUGAUAAAGCUCUUGAUGAAGCUGCUGAACCUGCAGCCGAUGAGCCUCAGGAAAAAGACACAGAGUCUGAAAUCCCUCCGCAGCAGGAAGCUGAUGCAUCCGAAAAGGAGGAGAUGGAGCAGACUUUAGCAGAAGACAAGGUGGUUUCUGAUGUCAUUGAUACAUCGCAAAGGAAAGAUGAAGAGGAGAAGGAAACAGCCGCAGAAGGAGUUGUAGAGGCAGAGGCCAUCGAAGCAGAACAGGAGUCUGCCAAAGAAAAAGAAGCUGUUCCCAUCUUGGAAGAGGAGGAGAGUGAAGCUCCUGUUAUCGUGACAAGAGUUCUGAGGAGUGGGAAAAAGACAACUGAAGUAAGCCAGAAAUCCAUAAGUGAAAGCACCCAACUAGAGGAGGACACAACAGACGAGGCUGUCACUGAAAAGGAGGCUGAAGAUGCAGAAACUGGAGGCCCUGAAGUGAAGGAGAUGGAGGAUUCAGCAAAGGAGGCCGUCACAGACAUCGCUGCUGUGGAAGAGAAACAGUCUGCAGAUACAGAGGCAGCAGCUCCAGAGGUUAAAGAGCCGUCUGCUGAUGGGGAUGAGGAAAUGAGCUUGGAAGAGGAAGAAGCUCCAGUUGUUGAAACGAGAGCUUUGAGAGGUGGAACAAAAAAGGUCACUGCUUUACCACGAACAAGAAGCAACAAACAAGCAGAAGAACCCGAAGAAAAAAAGUGUGAGGAAGAAGAGCCAGCAGUUACCACAAGAUCACUGAGACGGGGAAGGAUCUCUGUCUCUGCAACACCAAAAGCCACACCAAAAAGAACCCGCAAACAAAUCCAGAAGGGAGAAGAGCCUUCCCAAAGUUCAGAAGAAGGAGAAACAGCUGAAGAAGAAGCUGUUGAAAAGGCAGAAAAGGUUGCUGCCUCUGAGACAGAGGAACAACUAGAGGCUGAGGGAGGGGUGGAUGAAACCGAAGUUGAUGCUGAGGAAGGACGAGAUGUCGUGGAAGACAAAACUGAAACCGAGAAAGAGGAAGAAACAGAAGCUGCAGAUACUACUGAAGAAAAAUCUGCUGCCCAGGUUGAGGAGCAGAAGGAGGAAACAAUGGAACAGGGGGUGACUUCUGAUGUUCCCACUGAAGCAGAACAUCCUGAGCCUGAGGAGACAGAAAAGGAACCUGAAGCCCCAGUGGACAAAUCAGAAGAUUCAGCCACAAUACCCGAAAUGGACAAGGUAAUGGCUCAAGACACAGCUCAAGACGAUGAGGCCCAAAGUGUGGAAGAAGAAGAGGGGGAGGUUACUGUAAGAGAAACCAGAGGCCGUAGAGGUAGAAAGCCAGCUUUCAAAGCCACACCAAGACGCAAAUCUGCAAGAUCACAGGAAAAGGAUGAGGAGAUAACAGAGGAAACUUCUAAUGCUGAUGUGGAACCAGAAGUCCGAGUUCUCAGAGGAGGAAGAAAGUCUGUCCCUGUGCAAAGCAAAACACCAAAACGACCAUGCAAGCAAGUCCAAGAAGAAGAGAAAGAAGAGGAGGAAUCUCCUGCAGACACCGUGAAAGAUGCCGAGGUGGAAGUGGAGCCUGCCAAUGAGGAUGCUAGCCAACAAGCAGAAGCAGAAAAGGAAACAGAGAAAGAAGUCCCAGUAACAGAAGAAUCAGUCACUCCACCAGAUGUUGCAGAAGAGGAACAGGCUGACAAAGCUGAGACAGAAGAGCAAGAUGCAGAUGAGGAAAAGACCUCAGAUCCUGCUGCUGAAGUGACCUCUGAUGAUUUAGUCAAAGAUGGAGUGACAGAAACAUCCGUACCCCAACCAGCUGAUGACACAGCUUCACCUUCAUCAGCUGAGGAAGAGAAACAAAACAAUGAAGAGGUCCCACAGCUGCCUGAGCUCCAAAGAGUCAGUGUGGUUUUGGUUGACCUGAAAAAAGUGGAUCAUGAUGUUUCUGAACAAAGUGAGGCUCAAGAGGAGGUUCUUGCUGAAGAAACUUCUGCUGAAGCAAGUGAGGAACAAGCAGAAGAAAUGAAGGAAGACAUAACAGUUGAGAAAGAUAUUCAGGAUUCUCCUCUAGAAGCAGAACCAGCUGAGCAGGAGCAGGCAGUGCAAGAACCUGAAGUGCCAGAAGAAACAGAAGAAUCAGUCCCAGCACCUGAGAAAGAGGAGGAGAAAUCUGAAGAGACAGCUCAAGAUGAUGAGGCCCAAAGUGUGGAAGAAGAGGAGAUGGAGGAGGAGGAGAUUGAGGAGGUUACUGUAAGGGAAACCAGAGGCCGUAGAGGUAGAAAGCCAGCUGUCAAAGCCACACCUAGACGCAAAUCUGCAAGAUCACAGAAAAAGGAUGAGGAGAUAACAGAGGAAACCUCUAAUGUUGAUGUGGAACCAGAAGUCCGAGUUCUCAGAGGAGGAAGAAAGUCUGUCCCUGUGCAAAGCAAAACACCAAAACGACCACGCAAGCAAGUCCAAGAAGAAGAGAAAGAAGAGGAGGAAUCUCCUGCAGACACCGUGAAAGAUGCCGAGGUGGAAGUGGAGCCUGCGGAUGUGGAUGCUAGCCAACAAGCAGAAGCAGAAAAGGAAACAGAGAAAGAAGUCCCAGUAACAGAAGAAUCAGUCACUCCAACAGAUGUUGCAGAAGAGGAACAGGCUGACAAAGCUGAGACAGAAGAGCAAGAUGCAGAUGAGGAAAAGACCUCAGAUCCUGCUGCUGAGGUGACCUCUGAUGAUUUAGUCAAAGAUGGAGUGACAGAAACAUCCGUACCCCAACCAGCUGAUGACACAGCUUCACCUUCAUCAGCUGAGGAAGAGAAACAAAACAAUGAAGAGGUCCCACAGCUGCCUGAGCUCCAAAGAGUCAGUGUGGUUUUGGUUGACCUGAAAAAAGUGGAUCAUGAUGUUUCUGAACAAAGUGAGGCUCAAGAGGAGGUUCUUGCUGAAGAAACUUCUGCUGAAGCAAGUGAGGAACAAGCAGAAGAAAUGAAGGAAGACAUAACAGUUGAGAAAGAUAUUCAGGAUUCUCCUCUAGAAGCAGAACCAGCUGAGCAGGAGCAGGCAGUGCAAGAACCUGAAGUGCCAGAAGAAACAGAAGAAUCAGUCCCAGCACCUGAGAAAGAGGAGGAGAAAUCUGAAGAGACAGCUCAAGAUGAUGAGGCCCAAAGUGUGGAAGAAGAGGAGAUGGAGGAGGAGGAGAUUGAGGAGGUUACUGUAAGGGAAACCAGAGGCCGUAGAGGUAGAAAGCCAGCUGUCAAAGCCACACCUAGACGCAAAUCUGCAAGAUCACAGAAAAAGGAUGAGGAGAUAACAGAGGAAACCUCUAAUGUUGAUGUGGAACCAGAAGUCCGAGUUCUCAGAGGAGGAAGAAAGUCUGUCCCUGUGCAAAGCAAAACACCAAAACGACCAUGCAAGCAAGUCCAAGAAGAAGAGAAAGAAGAGGAGGAAUCUUCUGCAGACACUGUGAAAGAUGCCGAGGUGGAAGUGGAGCCUGCCAAUGAGGAUGCUAGCCAACAAGCAGAAGCAGAAAAGGAAACAGAGAAAGAAGUCCCAGUAACAGAAGAAUCAGUCACUCCACCAGAUGUUGCAGAAGAGGAACAGGCUGACAAAGCUGAGACAGAAGAGCAAGAUGCAGAUGAGGAAAAGACCUCAGAUCCUGCUGCUGAGGUUACCUCUGAUGAUUUAGUCAAAGAUGGAGUGACAGAAACAUCCGUACCCCAACCAGCUGAUGACACAGCUUCACCUUCAUCAGCUGAGGAAGAGAAACAAAACAAUGAAGAAGUUCCACAGCUGCCUGAGCUCCAAAGAGUCAGUGUGGUUUUGGUUGACCUGAAAAAAGUGGAUCAUGAUGUUUCUGAACAAAGUGAGGCUCAAGAGGAGGUUCUUGCUGAAGAAACUUCUGCUGAAGCAAGUGAGGAACAAGCAGAAGAAAUGAAGGAAGACAUAACAGUUGAGAAAGAUAUUCAGGAUUCUCCUCUAGAAGCAGAACCAGCUGAGCAGGAGCAGGCAGUGCAAGAACCUGAAGUGCCAGAAGAAACAGAAGAAUCAGUCCCAGCACCUGAGAAAGAGGAGGAGAAAUCUGAAGAGACAGCUCAAGAUGAUGAGGCCCAAAGUGUGGAAGAAGAGGAGGAGGAGGAGGAGGAGAUUGAGGAGGUUACUGUAAGGGAAACCAGAGGCCGUAGAGGUAGAAAGCCAGCUGUCAAAGCCACACCUAGACGCAAAUCUGCAAGAUCACAGAAAAAGGAUGAGGAGAUAACAGAGGAAACCUCUAAUGUCAAUGUGGAACCAGAAGUCCGAGUUCUCAGAGGAGGAAGAAAGUGUGUCCCUGUGCAAAGCAAAACACCAAAACGACCACGCAAGCAAGUCCAAGAAGAAGAGAAAGAAGAGGAGGAAUCUUCUGCAGACACUGUGAAAGAUGCCGAGGUGGAAGUGGAGCCUGCCAAUGAGGAUGCUAGCCAACAAGCAGAAGCAGAAAGCACAGAAAAAGAGGUUGCAGUUCUAGAGGAAUCAGUUGUGCAUCCAGCUGAGAAGGAGGCUGACAAAGCUGAGACAGAGGUGCAAGCUGCAGAUGAGGAACAGUCCUUGGAUAAUGCUGCUCUGGAAGUUGUCACAAGAGAAAAUAAAGUGGAAAAGGAAAAGUCCAUCCACACAGAAGAGGAAUCAGGAGAGAAACUGGCACAAACUGAAGAGGAGGCUGCCACCACUGCAAUAGCUUCAGACGAUUCAGGCAAAGACAGAGAGACAGAAGCAUCCUUACCAGCAACUGCCACAGAUGUAGCUUCACCUGCUUCUGCAGAAAAGAAAGAAAGUGAUGUUGUGGUCCCACAGCUUCCUGAGCUCCAUAAAGUUAGUGUGGUUUUAGUUGACUUAAAAAAAUCCCAUCAUGAAAUCCUUAAAGAAACUGCUGUAAAGGAUGUGGCUCCUGUGGGAGAAACUUCUGCUGAAGUAGAAGAGGAACAAGCAGAAGAAACAAAGAUAGAUGAACCAGAAGAAAAGCAAUCUGAAGUGCAGGAGGAGGGAGCAGAAGAUGCUGUCGCAACACCAGAAACAGAGGAGAAGAAAACUAAAGAGGAUGAAGAAGAGGAGGAGGUUACCAACACUGAAACCAGAAAACGGAAAGGUCAAAAGCCAGCUGUCAAAGCAACACCAAGGCGCAAAUCUGGAAGAAGAUCACAGAAACAGGAUGAAGAAGAAAAGGUAGAAGCCUCGGAUACUGAUGAGGAGCCUGAAGUUAAAGUCAGAGUUCUCAGAGGAGGAAGAAAGUCUGUCCCUGUGCAAAGAAAAACACCAAAACGACCACACAAGCAAGUCCAGGAAGAAGAGGAGGGAGAAGUACAAGCCGAAGAGGAGAAACUUGAAGACAAUAAGGAUGCAAGUCAACAUGAAGAACCAGAAGUUGGUGCAGAGAAAGCUGAGGAUGCCCAAGAGCCGGGACAAGCUGAUGGAGCAGACACACUUGCUGCAGACACCUCAGAUGAUGUUGCUGAGGAAGCUGUCACAAAACAAGACGAGGAUGAGCCAACGAUCUCCACAGGAGAAGGUGCAGAGGCUGAGGUGGCAGCAGAAGAGACACCGCUGACUGGGACAGAAGACCACGCAGAUGAAGAGGAGGACAUCCCAGUUGUUGAAACAAGAGUACUAAGAAGUGGCCAAAAGUCAGUGAGAGCAUCACCAAGAGGCAAAGCCACAGAAAUACAAGAUGAUGAGCAGGAGGGAGGAAGAAGUACAGGAGAAGAGGAACCAGUAGUAGAAACCAGAGUCCUGAGGAGGGGAAGACGGUCUGCUCCUGCCUCACCCAGACGUGAAUCAAAGAGAGCAAAAACACAGAUUGAAGAAGAGGAAGAAGAUGAUACUACUGCAGAUGAAGCAGGGGAGACCAGAGCAGAGGUAGAGGAAGCUGCAGCUCAGGAAGAAGAAACUACCGAACAAGAUGUAGAGAUGGAUGAAGGAGGAGCAGCAAAAGAUGAAUCUCUCACAGAGCAGGAGAUGCCUGUGGAAGAUCAGCCUGCUGUUUCAGAGGAAAUGGAGAUGCCAGUGGAGGAAACCGCUGAAGAGACACCAGUCCCAGAGGAGGGAAUGAUCUCUGAAGAGGAGGAGCCACCCAUUGUUGAAACACGAGUUCUGAGAAGUGGUGAAAAGACGGUUAGAGAAUCACCGAGUAAAUCCAAUAGAGUCAAGCCACAGGAUAAGACCGAGGCAGAAGACAAGGAAGAAACUACUCCAGCCCAAGUAGAAGAAGCUGAUGAGAAAGAAGAAAAUACUGAGGAGAAAACAGAAACAAUAAUCAAUGACCAAGCUGAAGCUGCUGGACCAGAGGUGAAGGAAUCAGCUGAAGCGGAAGCAGAGGAAACACCCAAAAACCAAGAAACCCUUGAGGAGGAACAAGACAAGACACCGGUGGAGGACGGAGCUGAAGAAUCACCUGAAACAGAAAGACAAGUUCCUGAUGAGGAGGAAGCAAUAGUUGUUGAGACCAGAGUCCUGAGGAGUGGUGGGAAGGCAGUGAAGAGCUCACCACGAGGCAAAAUCGCAAAACAACAGACAGAAGACAGUGAUGGCAAAAAGGCGGAUGAGCCUGUAGUUGAAGCAAGGGUUCUGAGAAGGGGAAGGAAGUCCGCUCCUGCUGCACCAGCACGUAAAUCCAAGAGAGCAAAAAAAGUUGAGCAAGAGGAAGACGAGACAGUUCCUGCUGAUGAGACCGUAGAAGAGGAAGAAGAGGCACCUGCUGAGAAAGCGGUGACAAGUAAUGAGGGGACUGAGAAAAAAGAUGUGAAAGAGGCCCCAGAGGGAGAAUCUGCUGAAGACAUAGAGAAGGAGGAGGUGCCUGCUGUAGAUGAGACCACCACCAACACGUCUGAGAGUCCAGCAGGGGAAGCAGACGAGGAAACCACAGUCACGGCUGAAGAAGAGGCCCCUGUUGAAGUAGAAUCUGUCAAAUCAGUUGAGGAAACAAGAACUUUAAGAUCCAGAAGACAGAAAGGCAAAGAAGUGGUGGAGGCUGAGGAGGAGGAGGAGGAGGAGGCAGAUGCUCAGGAACAAGUAGAAGAAACAGCCCCUCCUGCAGAUGACCAGGCUGAUGAAAAAGCUGAUUUGUCUGAUGAUAGAGAUGGAGAAGAGCCAGCAACAGAAGAGUCCCCAGAGGAGCAACCAUCAGAGAGUAAAGAAGAUGACACCAAGGAAGGCAAGAUGCUCAGGAAGAGGCUGAGACCUGCUGAAGACAAAGUAAAGGUUCAAAAAGAAGUGCGAAUGCAGCAAAGAAGAUCCAGACGCAAAAGACCAAGAGUGGAUUACAAAGAAGGCGAUGAUGAGGAGGGGGCAUCAUCUGUCACUGAGGAUGAUGGGGAGGAAUCCAAUGAGGAAAGCAAUGAAGAAGCAGACAACCAGGUGGAAGAAAAAGCUGAUUCAUCCAACGACAGAGCAGUGGAAGAGCCUGCAAAUGAAGAAUCCUCAGAGGAACAACCAUCGGAGAGUAAAGGAGAAAAAGCUGAGGAAGGCAGGAGGCACAGGAAGAGUGGGAAACCUGCUGAUGAUGAAGAAGGGGAACUACAGGAACGAGCACUGAGAAGAAGAAGAUCCAGACGCAGAAGACCAAGAGUAGACUACAAAGAAGGCGAUGAUGGGGAAGAGGGAGCUUCAUCUGAUUCAGAGGAUGAGGAAGAACCAGACGAGGAAGAGUGGGAAGAGGUAAACAAAAGGAAUAAAAAGGGAGCAAGUGAGAAGGAAGAUGGCCUCAAACUAGUCCUGGACACAGACGAAGAAUCAGAGGAAGAGGUGGAGCCGAUAGUGAUUGAAAGGAAACGUUUAAGAGGGAGGCUAGUUCCUUCUGUGACCAUCACACCCAGACGCCGCAGUGCGAGAGCUAAAAAUGAUGAGGAGGAGUCAGCCGAAGAGGAGACUGCUCAGCCGGUUCAGGAGAGAAAAAACAGCAAGAGGAAGAGCCAAGAGGCGACACCAACCCGCAAAUCCAAGCGUCUCAGCAGAGUUUAGGAUGUGGACUUCUAAACCCUGAUAUGAUCCUAGCCACAAUCAUUGACACCUUUUUAUACCAUGGCAACAUAGAUCAGGCUUAAGCACCCAAUAUUGUGUGUUUUAAUGUUUGAUUACCAAAAAUGGCAAGCAAACCCUUCUACCCUAUGGAGAUACCAGUCAAUGCCAAAAAAGUCACUGUAUUUGUGGGAUUCAGAUUCCUUCUGUCUUAAAUCUCUGCAGCCUUUGGCUCAAGGAAAUGUCUUCGGACGUAAAGCUCUUUUAAAGCUUUGGAACUUGUGGAUCCUGUUUGUGAAUUAAAAAAAGUGGUAUUGAAGUGUAACAGAAAUGUCGUAAGUCUAACGUAAGUCUAAAUACUGAUGAUUUUAACCACAACAGUUUCUGAAAUAAUCUCUAGGUGGUGAUCAUUGGAACGAACUUCCUUUUUUUUUGUCAGCACCUCUUCUUCAGCCUGGCUGAGCUUUUGGUGAUGAUAGAAACAUUUCAGUCCUUUUCUCUUAAAGUUUGUAUAAAUUAAGGGACAUUAAGGAUAAACCAAGAGAGAAAUAUGCUCUCAUGUCUAUAAAACAUCCAACCGUGGUGGGAGGCUGUAUUUUUUAAAGAGGGCCGGCCCAGGUUUGGGUCCAACCUGUGGCUCUUUCCCUUCACAUCAUGCCUCUUCUUCCCACUUCUCUAUCAUUUAAAAAAGGAUUAAAUGCCCAAAAAUACACAAAAAACCCCACUUUGACUUUUAACCUUACUUAGGACCCCUGCUCUUUUUAUUCAUGUCACAAUAAAUAGGCUCAAAUAUUGACAUUACGACAAAAAUAUAUGAUGUGAAGUCACAAACUAUUAAAAUGAAAAAGUCACUUCCACCAAUAACAAUCACACAUAGAACGUUAUUGAUUAUCGCCCCUGUUUUAUUGUGAAAUUUUGUUGUAAACCAGGGUUCGUUCAUUAUUGAAGGCAGCACACAGCGGGGCCAUGUCAUUUCCAGAAAAGCCAUAAUUUGCAUUUUGAUAAAGGAUUUGAAAGUGGAGACAUACAAAAUUUUUUAUAUUGUAAAUAUUUUCUUACAUUUUGAAAUGUGAAUGUCUUAUUUUCUCUUUUAAUGUCGAGCUGAACGUAAUGUUUUCAGACUCUUCUUGGAUUUAGAUUUUAUUCUGAUGAUUUUUUUUUUAAUUAACUCGGAAAUAUGCAACAACAUUCAAUUAGGCAUUUGGAGAAGUCAAAUUGAUGUGUUCUUUUAAAAUGUGUUAAUCUUGAAUAGAUUCUUACAGAAGCCUGAAAAGGACAUGCAGCCAUGGUUUUCAUUUUACUCCUUUUCUUCAUUAAUGAUCUCCUGAUGGCAGCGCUGGUAUUCCUGUGAUAAUCGGUAAUAUUUGGUUGUUUUUUAGCUAUGUCUAUCGCAACAAAACCAGCGCUGUAAUCCCAAGAUGUCAGGAUAAGUCCGUUUGGGUUUUAAAACAUUGACUGGAGUAAAACAAAUGUGUUGAUGCAGGUCUUCUGAGAGCUUCCAUAGAUUUCUAUUUUACACAUGAAUAAGAUUAUUUUCAAUGUCUUUGUGUUUUUUAGUGUGUUCUGUGAUAAAAUGUUACCAAAUCGCGUGGGGCUGAACUCAGGUCAUGUUAAUGUUGGAUAUUUCAUGUAGAGAAUGAAACAUGUAGACCUGUGAGUGUUUGUGGCUUAUUUAACCCCCCUUGUUAAAAUCACCUUUAGAGAGAGGAUGGUCUCUGCCGCUGUCGUGUAGCGGUCGUCCUCAUCACGCUAGUUUGUUUAAUGAUAAUGUGACCGUUUUUGUCCUUGCCGUCAGUUUGAUUUCACCUGUAACAUUUAGCUAUCGUCAUUACGCUGUUUGUUGUUAAAGCGAUCUGUUCUGUGUUUCAGCAGUGGCACUCCAGGACGUAACCUCUUUUCUGAAUAGACUUUUCUGUAAAGUUAUUUUUCCAUGGAUUGAAUUCACUAUUUUU